GUAUAGUCCAAUUGGAAACACUAUUUUGAUUUGUCAUUGUUAUUUUGACGGUCAAGAAUCUCAAUAACCACAGUACUACUAGUUCCCAAAAUAUCAAUUUCUACAAUAAGAAUAACAAUUAUAACAAAGAAAGCCCUAACCAAUACCAACAAGAGCUGAACAAAGUAAACUUAAAAUUUUUAAUUUAGAGUUAAGGUUAAAGGUUCAUAUUUUUACAAUCUCAAACAAUUAACUUUUAAAAUACCCCAAAAAAGAAAAAAAGCAAGCUCUAGUUAUUACAAAAUCUAGACCAACAUCAACUUCCCCAACCCUAGUUUUUAACAUUGUUUUGAAACAAUAAUUACACAACUAAAAUGGUUGGGUCGGGGCGCCGGAGGGGGGGGUUGGUACGGACUAGGGAUGAAUGAAGUUAAGUCAAGAAGGAACAUGAGUUAUAUACAUCGUAUGAUGUGAUUGCAUGUACAGGAAGUUUUUUUUUUUUAUUGGAAUAUAGCCCAUCGUAUUUAAAUGACUCGGAGCUUUGUAAGGAAUGCAGCACAAAGGUCCAAAAAGAGAAACUGUGGUCCUUGAACUCUCUGGAGAUCCAGUAAAUACUUUUCAUCGCGAGUUUUAUAGAGCUGUUAACAGCCAUGACAGAAAGAUGUAUUAGCAUUGAAGCCAAGAAACCUUAAGUGUUUUAAAUGUUCUAGGAUAGCGUAUAAUCUUCUAUAAGAAGAGAUGGAAAGAGGGUUAGUUCUAUUGUAAAACAAAGUACUUAAAGGAACAAAACUUAGAUUUGGACUUCACGCAUGCCACAAAAAUACAUUUCUCAAACAACA